CGGAAAUAAAGCUCCCUACUCGAACGGCAAAGCGGAACGUAGUAGGUCCACUUCGGGAGUUGAAGCCCCAGGAACUGCAUCGAGAAAAAGCAAGAACUCCUCGUCAUCGUCGCGCCGUGAAGACGUGGGGAGGCCGCGGCACCGGAAUACUAAAACAAGCAAAGAACCAAGGAGCAAAGGAAAAGACAGCAGGCGAAUUUCUGUUGAUGGACGAAGGAGCGGGGUGGAGGACGAGGGCUCGGUACUCGCAUCUUCAGACGGAGAAGUACUAGAUCAUGUACACGACCCGCAAAAUAGAACACGUGCACGUCGUCGUGGCUCGUCGUCACCCGGUUGUAGUUCUACUUCUGUGGAGUUUCUUUCACCCCCACCUCCUGCAAAAAGGACCACUUCGCGGGUUUCUUUCGCCGACGACGUCGAGGAGGCAAAGGUUUUUGCCGCAGAUAUUCCAGCUCACGACGUCGAUCUAUCCAGCGACACAGAGGUUCUGCUGCCCGCGAAGCCACCCCCGAAGCGGCAACCGUCCGUUGAACAAGACCGGAAAAGAAUAUCUUUGUACGGGCUGGACCGGAAUGGUUGGUUAGAUCACGAUCGUCGCAGCUCUGCAGAUCAGCCCGUAUCAUGCGCUGCUCCUUCAGUAGGGCAAAAGUCGACGUCCAGCACUGGAACAAAGGAUAGUAGUACAGUUCGUCGUGCAGGACGGGUCACGGAACAAUCUUGGGGGGAACUGAACAGAGAGCAGCUAGACGCCGAGGAGCACCAGAAAAACAUGAAAAUAAAUGCGACCGACCACCACCUGGAACUACAUCAAGCCGG